CUCAGCAAUUACAGAAACAACACAAGCCAGAGCUGCACUUUGACCAAGACAUCUCUAUAAAUAACUGAGAGGAGAAAGAGAGGUUACACGGAAAGGGAGGAAGCCUGCCAGCUGCUGCAUCAGCCGUAGCCAUGCAAAACAUCAACACUGUAGAGUCUGUGGUAGAUGUUAUCUUCUCGUUUGACCGCAAGGACUGCCCUGAGCCUGUCAAGGCGGAGGUGAGAGGUGAAAUUCCAAAGUGGCUGCAGGGAACUCUACUACGCAAUGGGCCUGGAAUACACAAAGUUGGAGAGAUGCACUACAACCAUUGGUUUGAUGGACUUGCUUUAUUACACAGCUUCACUUUUAAAAAUGGUGAAGUUCACUACAGAAGUAAAUACCUCAAAAGUGAUACAUACAACUCCAAUAUGGAGGCCAAUCGAAUAGUAGUAUCAGAAUUUGGGACCAUGGCUUAUCCAGAUCCAUGCAAAAAUAUUUUCUCCAAAGCAUUUACCUACCUGUCACAUGUGGUGCCUGAGUUCACUGAUAACUGCCUAAUCAAUAUCAUAAAGCUUGGUGAAGAUUUUUAUGCAUCUUCUGAAACCAACUUUAUCAGGAAAAUAAAUCCACAGACUUUGGACACCUUGGAAAAGGUAGAUUAUAUGAAAUAUGUAACUGUAAACAUUGCCACUUCUCACCCUCAUUAUGAUUCUGCUGGCAACACAUUAAAUAUGGGAACAUCAAUUGGUGACAAAGGAAAAACCAAAUACAUAUUAUUUAAGAUCCCAGCUAAGAUUCCAGACAAUGGAAAGAAGUCCCUGCUAAAACAUGCUGAAGUAGUUUGUUCUAUCCCAUCUUAUCGGUUACUGAGCCCCAGCUACUACCACAGCUUUGGAUUGACAGAGAAUUACGUCAUAUUCAUUGAGCAACCAUUAAAGCUAGAUAUUGUUAAACUGGCAACAGCCUACUUCCGAGGAGUCAACUGGGCUUCAUGCAUUACCUUCAAUGGAGAUGAGAAGACUUGGUUUCAUAUUAUUGAUAGAAGAACUAGAAAACCUAUUUCAAAAAAAUUCUACGCUGAUGCCCUUGUCACAUACCAUCAUAUCAAUGCCUAUGAAGAAGAUGACCAUUUAAUAUUUGAUAUUAUUGCCUACAAAGACAAUGGCUUAUAUGAUAUGUUUUAUUUGGCAAAUUUAAAGAAGGACUUCUCUCAGGAAACAGCUAUGACCUCAGUGCCAGUUUGUAAACGUUUUGUCAUCCCACUCCAGUAUGACAAGAAUGUAAAUGUGGGGGUUAAUUUGGUAAGGAUUCCAAUGACUAUGGCAAAAGCAGUAAAGGAUGACAACGGUGAUAUAUAUUGUGAGCCAGAGACCAUGUGUGAAGGUAUUGAACUUCCACGGAUCAACUAUGAUUUUAAUGGCAAAAAGUACAGAUAUGUAUAUGCAACUCAUGUGGAAUGGCGACCAAUUCCAACCAAGAUAGUAAAGUUUGACACUGUGACAAAAGAUAUGUUGUCUUGGACCGAAGACAUGUGCUGGCCUGCAGAACCAAUGUUCGUUUCACAUCCAGAUGCCAAAGAAGAGGAUGAUGGGGUCAUACUGUCCUCUGUUGUGUCUUCAGAUCCUAAUAAAGCUCCAUUUUUGCUUGUACUGGAUGCAAAAACAUUUCAAGAGCUUGGACGGGCCAGUGUCAAUGCAAACAUCCAUUUGGACCUGCAUGGAUUGUUCAUACCGGAGAAUAAUGUAACAAAAUGACCUGGUGAUAUAUGUGCCAAGCUGAUAACACACACAGAGCACUUCUUUAACCCUUUUUUCUAUUUUGUGUUAAUUGGCAUCAUCCGGAUACCUGGAAAAAUAAGUGCUUGAUAAAGCUAUAAAGUCUUAUGUCAUAUCAAAGGACACUGCUGUGCUGGUGUUUAGAUUGCAAAAUUAUUAUUUUUUCAUAUUGAAAGUAAUGUUUUCAAAACUGAUGACAAUGUUAUGAACAAAUCAUGUGUUGAUAAGCAAGGUCCUU